AUGGGAGACUCUAUCAGCGAACCUAUGGACACCGCCGAUGACGGCCAUACUGGCCCUCGUGCGCCUUGUCCUACCUCUAUUACUGCAUCUGCCCUUCUGCCUAUCCGAGAUGGUUAUUCACCACGUAGAAACGACUUUAACGACAACCGAGACGACGAUGCGGAUUCCGAUACUGAAUUCGCCUCCAUCAUGGUCUCGUCCAUGUUAACCGGCAUUCACAACACCGCUUCCAAUCCCGUCUCUCCUGGCUCUUCCAGCCCUUCUCACGAUCAGGCCAAGACAUCCGAUUUUGUUCCUCCCACGAGACCGAGCAGCACACCCUUCCCUCAUCCCGAUCGACGACAUUCCAGACCAUGCUGCUUGAGUGGCUUCUCGCACGGCGCCGAUGAGAACCCUGCUACAGACUCUACCGCUUCGCUUGACGCUGAGCCGGUGGUCUCACAUCCAGAAACAAACUUCAACGAUCUGCCGAUUGAGGUUCACGAAGCCAUCUUGGACCACCUGUUUGGAUAUCGAGUUUCCGCUACAUCCCGGAGUUCGAUGGCCGUAUCGAGUAUCACUAAAAGUUGGGGAACAGCGCUUAGACACUCAAGAAGAAGGGAAUUGACAGCGCUGGCGCUUGUGAGUGGUGUUUGGCGAGUUCUCGUUCAGCAACGGCUCUAUCGUCAUAUUAAACUCAAAGCGACCGUUGAUUGUCUGGAAGACGCCAUGGUGCACUUGGCCAUGCAUGAGCAUUUGCAAGUUUAUGUGAAGCAUAUUGAGAUUUGGUUUCCUGUUUUCCAACCCACGUACGGACCAGUCGCUCUCUCUAACAGUUUGACGCUGCCUACAGUGACGAUGGAAGGAUUAACCAACGCGACGUAUACUCUACCAGGUAACAACUGCACCCUUGAGCAAGUGUUCCAAUUUGUUGGACAGACUCUGCCACAGGCGAGAGUUUUGACUUUGGAAGGAGGUGAGCGACGCAAAGCGCCUAGAGUUCUUCACUUUCCCGAACAAAGGAUCGACCCAGCCAUCUAUAAAUCGCUACCGAUACUUCACUCGGUACAGACCCUGGUUACGAGGGGCCAGUGGAAUCUGAUGAGGGACAACCAGGACUUUGCGACAAUUUUGAACGCGCUACCAGGUCUUUACGAGUGGCAGGGCUCGUAUAGUAAACCGAAGUCUAAAAGCUACAUCACCAUGGCCGAGUUCCUACCACAGCUUCCACGCCAUAUUACGAAUUUAAGCCUUUGCCUUGAGAGCGAUUAUCGGAGGGAAGGAGUCAUGCCUCCAUUCUACUCAAAGGUUGUGCAGAAGACGCACAUCUGCGCGAGAAUGGCUGAAGCGCUGCCCUCACUUGAACAUUUGGCCUAUACGGGCCGUGUCUGCCACCAGUUCUUUGACAUAGCCAUGCGAUCUACAGACCCGCGAAACUCACGACUCAAGACAUUGGACCUGACUGUCAAGAAUUGCUGUCGCUACAACACUGCCUUCCAUGAGGCUGGUUCCGGUAUUCAAGAUAUGGGAUUCAUCGAUGCAUUUGAGAAGUUGGUGUUAUCGGCAAUCCGGUCACUAGAAAAGCUUAGUGGGGUGUUCUACUUGAGGAUUCGAUUUGUUGAUCUCGAUUCUGUGCUUCCACCUCUUAACCCUUUCUUCAUCAUGCGCAACGGUGCAUGCUCUGGCGUAUGGAGUGAGAGAAUCAUAGCCGAGAUGGGACGCGUCCGCCCAGACGUCCAAUUCACAGAAUUGAGCGAGUCAUUUGGCAACAUUGUAUACAAUAAGGAUGGAAGAAUGGUCAUCACACCCGAGCCUCCGAAGACGAGGAUAACGUCACUAAAGUUAUCAAACUACCAAUCUCUUGCGACAGGCAUUACCAUCCAGUAA